AUGGAGGAAGCGUUUGUGCGUAUGAUGGGUGCGAUGGAGCAGCAGCAGAAGAUGAUCAAUCAGCUGUUAGAAGCUCAAGCACAGACGCACACACAAAUGAUGAGGGACCAGCAAGCGCAUCAAGAGCAGCAGUUGCUUUUACAUCAACAGUUGCAGGAUGCAAUGAACCAACUAGCGAACCAACAACCGGUCGAACAGCAACGGGACACGGAACGACGAGUAGAAGGACUGUCUAUGCCUGCAUACCAUGGGCACCUUAAUGAAAGCAUUGGGCUGUACAUUCACCGGGUGAAGACCUUUUUCAUGGCAAAGAACUUGAACUACGAGCAAAACGAAGUGGUCGAAGCGCGCUGUCUUGCGAUGGUUGUGGCGAACCUCCAAGGACAGGCUGCAGCUUGGUACCAGGAAUUGGCUUCACGGCGAGUCAAUGGUGGCUUCAGGACUCUUGUCGACUUCGAACAAGCACUGCCCCGGAAGAAGGACCGCAGCAAGUUGCGCUGCUUCAAUUGCCAAGGUUUUGGGCACUUUGCGGCUGCGUGCCAAAAGCCGAAGAAGAAGAUCUCGGGUGAUGGACCUCCAGGCAAGCAAAACAACCUAGAAGUCGAAGAAGCACCAAGCGACCAAGAUGUGGAGUACAUCACGUUUGGCGCCAUGGAAGAAAACGGUGCUGAAGGCGUUGCGGUGUCGAAAGCGCAAGUCGGACGAAGUCAGGAGAGUGGCAGAGCGCCAUUAAUGAUUAAGUCUGGCAUAAUAAAUGGAAAAGUCGUGAACAUUCUUAUUGACUCGGGAGCAACGAAUUCGCUUUGUCGAGUCGGGUUGGGCAAAAAUGUCAUUCGCUCCAAGGCUGUUCGCAUCUCGGGCUACGAUGGACUGAUGUCACCACUGACAGAGACGCGCGAAUUGAAGGAAACGGUGCAGAUUGGCACGUUCACGUUUCAUGAUACGCAGCUCACGGAAUGGGACUUGAAGGACAAAGCGUUUGACGUCAUCCUAGGCCAACCAUGGUUCAAGAAGCACAAUCCAGUAAUCGAUUGGCGCAAGCAUGAUGGAUGGUCGGUCCACUUACAAUGGGGAGGCUCCAUUCCUCGCAUUUCCGAAUACAUUUAA